GCCAGCACCCAGAGUUGCGGUGCACUGGUGGCGGCCGAGGGAAAGGGACAUGAGUGGCAGAAAGCCUUGCGGCAUUUUUGGAUCGCAAGGAAACACGGUCCCGAGCCCAACAUCUUAUUGGUCAACGCUGCGCUCAACGCGCUGCGGCGGCACCGCCACGGCUGGCACCACGGCACCGCGCUGCUGGGCUGGGCAGGGCACAAUGGGCUGCAGCGGAACGAGGUCUCCAUUGGAGCCGUCUCCAGCGCCCUGCCUUUCUGGCAAAACUCCUUGGAUUGGCUCAUCUUUGCGACGACCAAUGAGGUGGUGCUCGGACAAAGUGCCGACUCGAUGUCGAAGGCUUUGCAAUGGGAAGAAUCUUUGCGUCUGGAGCAAUGGCACAGAUGUCAAGGCCGUCCCUAUAGGCUUCCAUUCCGUGGUGGUGCUCAGUUGCGCUGCAGACGCGUGUCGUCGUCAGUCCUACUGGGCAAGUGCGUUGCAGAUGUUGCUACCGGUCCUCGAAGACCGCCAAAGUGCCGACGCCGUGUGCUUCGGCAGCGCGCUGGCGGCCUGCGGGGUGGGCGAGAAGUGGCAGGAAGCGCAGACCUUCCUCCGCCGCUGCGGCGCUUGGCGGCUCCGCAGCGACGCGGAACAGGCCCUACGGCGACAGAGGGCCGUGCAGCCCACUGAGACGUUGCUCAACAUCCUUGCGACCGCCAUUGCUUGGGAUGCAGCUCUCCACCUCUUAGCCGGCCACCACUGGCACCUUCGAUGCGAUGUCGUGUCGAGCAAUGUGCUCAGCAAAGCAUGUGCACAGGAGCAGCAGUGGCAAUUGGCUGCCCAGCGCCUGCGUGACAUGAGGCACCAAGGCCUCCGAGGGGAUUUGGUCAGCGACAAUGCCGCAAUGUCUGCCUUUGGGUAUGGCCUGCGAUGGCCAAUGGUCCUUCUCCAGUUGGCUGAUGAUUCAUCCUGGACUUCCAAUGAACGUCAUUCAGGAGCCGCGGUUGCUGCCUGUGCAAACGCGAACUCCUGGCAAUCCGCCCUAUGGCUCUUACAGACCUCGACGUUCCCCACCGACCUUGCGCUACGUGCCUGCUGCGCCGCGCUGCCCAGCGCGGCUUGCGCCGCGUGGCAAGUCGCGUGGGCGGCUUUGGGGCGGCUGGGGCGGAGGGGGCUGCAGGUCGCUAGCGCCACCAUGGAAGCAGUCAGUGGCGCAGUGACGCGUGGUGGUCAAUGGCAAGUGGCAGCACAACUGAGUGAACUCGAUUUCUCCUCGUUGGAAGCGCAGCCUGUGGCGUUGUGGCCACAGAUGUCGCAGUUGGCGGCCGAUGACGCCGUGGAGAAAUUGCAG